AUGCUGAGCGCUCCCAAGCCCCUGGCCUUCUCCAUCGAGCGCAUCAUGGCCAGGUCGGGCCCCGAGCCCCAAGCCGUGCCGCUGCUGCCCCACUUCUUGCAAGGGGGCGGCGGGACCCCCAAAGCGGCUGCAGCCACUGCGGCGGAGCACCUGAAGCCGCAGCAGCAGCAACCGGCGUUCAGCCUGGGGCCCUCCAUCCCCUGCAUGAUCCCCUUCGUGCCGCUGGCUUACGAGCCCUUCGCCAAGGUGGGCUCCGAGCCCAGGAAACCCCCCUUGGAGCCGCCUUCUUCCUCCUCCUCUUCCUCCGCAUCGUCCGCUCUGAGCUGCGCGCUCAGCCUCAAGCCCCAGGCCGGCGAGCCCUCGCUCAGCUUGCCGCAGCCGCCGCCCCACUACAAGCUGGUCCGGCCGCGCGUGAUCAAGCACUCCUCCUUCCACGCCCUGGGCGCCCUGAGCUACUUCAGCCGGGCGUCAGAGCCACAGCCACAGCCGCCGGGCCUGAGCCUGCACCCGGUGGCCUCCUACUUCCUGGGCUCGUCGCUGCCGGCGCCUGCCUUGCAAGACUCGACGGGGCCCAAGUCCUACCUGGCCGAGCGCAACAAGCUCCAGACGCUGCCGUCCGGGCCGGAGAAGUUCUCCCAGGCAGCCUUCAAGGACCUGGCGCAGGCCCAGCUGCACAACGCCGCCGCAGCCGCCGCAGCUGCCGCGGCUCAUCUCCUCGCUUCGGAGAAGCUGCCCUUCAAAGGGGUGUCGGCCGACUUCAGCCGCGGCUCGCCCAGCGCCAAGCCCAAGGUCUUCACCUGCGAGGUCUGCGGCAAGGUCUUCAACGCGCACUACAACCUGACACGCCACAUGCCGGUGCACACGGGCGCCCGGCCCUUCAUCUGCAAGGUCUGCGGCAAGGGAUUCCGCCAGGCCAGCACCCUCUGCCGCCACAAGAUCAUCCACACCCAGGAAAAGCCCCACAAGUGCAACCAGUGCGGGAAAGCGUUUAACCGGAGUUCCACGCUGAACACCCACACACGGAUCCACGCGGGCUACAAGCCUUUCGUUUGCGAGUUCUGCGGAAAAGGCUUUCACCAAAAAGGGAACUACAAGAACCAUAAGCUGACCCACAGCGGUGAGAAGCAGUUCAAGUGCACCAUUUGCAACAAGGCCUUCCACCAGGUCUACAACCUGACCUUCCACAUGCACACCCACAACGACAAGAAGCCCUUCACCUGCCCCACCUGCGGGAAAGGCUUUUGCCGGAACUUUGACCUCAAGAAACACGUCCGCAAACUGCACGACAAUGUUUUUACUGGUUGUUCAUUAGAAGAGAUUUCAGCAAAUACAGGGGACAGGAGAAGCACCACAGAGGUUUUAUUGUACAGCUCUGAUGUGUAUUGA